AUGACGGCGAGGGUGGACUGCGCGGCGCUGCGUCGAACGCUGGCGUGGUUCUUGGCGGGCGCGGCGCCGAUGGUGCCGCUGAAGGCGGUGGCGUUUCGCGCGAGGGAGAGCGGCGAGGGAGGGAAGGAAAAGUUUGACGCGGCGGCGUCGGCGCCGACGCUCGUCGCGGUGGGAGCGACGGCGGGAUUCGCGAGCGGGUUGCUCGGGAUCGGCGGUGGAACGCUCGUGACGCCGUUGCUGGCGCUGGUGUCGCCGUUGCCGCAAGCCGCGGUGCUCGGGACGUCGUUGUUGGCGAUGCUUCCGCCGUCCGUCGUCGCGCUCGGGACGCAUUAUAGGAUGGGAAACGUGGACCCGCGCAUGGGCGCCGCGCUCGCGGUCGGCACGGCGUUGGGCGGCGCGUUCGGGAGCUCGUUCGCGGUCGACGCCCCGCGGGGGGCGCUCGAGGCGGUGUUCUUCUUCGGGAUGCUGUUCCUGUCCAACAGGACUUUUCGAUCGCUCAGAAAAUAG